AUGAUUAUCAAAGAAAAAUAUUUAUUCAACUUAUUAUUACUAUUAUCAUUAGUAUAUUUAACGAUAGAAGAAGGUUCAUUUAGUAAAUUAAAUGUAACUGAAAAUAAUCUUGAAAAUAAAAAUGGUAGUACUAAUCUUACAUUCUCAACAGAACCAAGUUCUUCUACUGUAAUUUCAAUAAACUCAACUACAUUGUCAACUCCACAUAUAAAUAUAUCUACAGAAAAAUUAGAUAUCAAUAGUAAAGAUGAUUUAGAAAACUCUACAAUAAGCGAAAAUAAGACAUUAACUACAAGUUUAUCAAUAUCUCCUAUUACGGAAACUUUUCAAACUACUAUAAAAGAAAAUUUAUCAACACCUAUAAUUGAAAAUUCAAAUUAUACUACAACAAGAUAUCAACCAGUAUUAUUAAAUGAAACAACAUUGGUUACAAAUGGGAUAACAUCUGUAGAAAAUGCCACUGAAAAUAAUUUUACAACACCGUUACAAACAGACACAUUUAUUACAUCUACGGAACCAACUAAAGCAAUAACAACCAAUGAAAUUCUUAUAAAUACUACAUUUACAUCAACAGAAUCUACGUUAAAACACGAAAAUGAUAUUACAUUAAAUAAUUCAUUAACAACAAUUGAAACAAAUACUGUUCAAAAUAUAACACCUUCUAGUAUUUCUGCAAUUCCAAAUAACGUUACAACAGAAAUGACGACUGAAACAAGUACCAUCGAAAACAAAAUAAAUUUAUCUACAACAACAUUCCAAUUACCAGUUGUCUCAGAAAAAAUAAAUACAUCAACACCAAUUUUUACAAAUAAUUCUACUCUCAAAAAUACAACGUUAUCGUAUACAAUAACACCAGAAAUAAUAGAAACAACUUCUGAUGAUAAUAAAACAACUACCAAGGAAGAAAGUACAAUAACAACAAAUGAAAAUAAAGAAAAUGCCGUAUCAAGUACAGUUUUAGAAUUAAAUAAUUCAUCUACAAUAGUAAAUACUCCAAUCAUAGAAAAUAUAACACUUUCAACUACAUUAAAAGAUGAGAUACUAAAUACAACAUUAUUACAUACAACAACACCACCAGUAGCAUCAGAAACAACUUCUAAUUUAAAUUUAUCAAAAACAGUUUCCGAUGUUAGCAUAACAACUACUAAGGAAGAAAGUACUAUGACAACAUCUGAAAAUAAGGAAAAUGACGUAACUAGUACAGUUUUACAAUCAAAUCAUUCAUCUACAAUUACAAAUAAUUCAACUUUAACAACUGAAACACUUUCAAUUACAUUAGAGAAUGAUAUGUCAAAUACAACUUUAUUACAUACAAUAACUCCAGCAAUUAUAAAAACAACUUCUGAUAAUAGUAAAAUGACUACCAAAGAAGAAAGUACUAUGGCAACAACUGAAAAUAAAGAAAUUAUUGUGGAUAGUACAGUUUUAGAAUUAAAUAAUUCAUCUACAAUAGUAAAUACUCCAAUCAUAGAAAAUAUAACACUUUCAACUACAUUAAAAGAUGAGAUACUAAAUACAACAUUAUCAGAUACAACAACACCAUCAGUAACAACAGAAACAACUUAUAAUUUUAAUUUAUCAACAAUAGCUUCUGAUGUUAACAUGACAACUACUAAGGAAGAAAGUACUAUAACAACAACGGAAAAUGAAAUAAGCACCGUAUCUAGUACAGUUUUACAAUCAAAUAAUUCAUCUACAAUUGCAAAUAAUCCAACCUUGCCAACCAAAAUACCUUCAACUACAUUGAAAGAUGAUGUGAAUAAUACAACAUUAUCAGAUACAACAACACCAUCAGUAAUAAUAGAUACAACUUCUAACUUAAAUAUUUCAACAACAGCUUCAAAUGUUGGUAUAACAACAACGGAAAAUAAAGAAAAUCUCGUAUCUAGUACAGUUUUAGAAUUAAAUAUUUCAUCUAAAAUAACAAAUACUCCAGCUUUAACAACUGAAACACCUGCAUCUACAACAGAAAAUAACAUGCUCAAUACAACGUUCGCGCAUACAAUAACAGAUUCAGUAACAACAGAAACAACUUCUAAUUUAAAUUUAUCAACAACAUCUCCUGAUGUUAGCAUGACAACUACUAAGGAAGAAAGUACUAUAACAACAGCGGAAAAUGAAAUAAGCACCGUAUCUAGUACAGUUUUAGAAUUAAAAAAUUCAUCUACAAUAGUAAAUACUCCAAUCAUAGAAAAUAUAACACUUUCAACUACAUUAAAAGAUGAGAUACUAAAUACAACAUUAUCAGAUACAACAACACCAUCAGUAACAACAGAAACAACUUCUAAUUCUAAUUUAUCAACAAUAGUUACUGAUAUUAGUAAAUCAACUACUAAGGAAGAAGGUACUAUGACAACAUCUGAAAUUAAAGAAAUUAUUGUGGGUAGUACAGUUUUACAAUUAAAUCAUUCAUCUACAAUUACAAAUAAUCCAACUUUAACAACUGAAACACUUCCAACUACGUUAAAAGAUGAGAUACUAAAUACAACAUUAUCAGAUACAACAACACAAUCAGUAACAACAGAAACAACUUCUAAUUUAAAUUUAUUAACAACAGUUUCUAAUGUUAGUAAAAUAACUACCACAGAAAAAAGUACUAUGACAACAUUUGAAAAUGAAGAAAACAGUGUAUUUAAUUCAUUUUUACAAUUAAAUAAUUUAUCUACAAUAACAAGUGAUUCAAUUUUAACAACUUUAUUAGAAAAUGAUGAAUCAAAUACAACAUUAAUAAAUCAAGAUUUAACAACAACUGCAAUAUCUAAUAUAACAAUAUCUAGUACAACUACUCCAAUGAUAAAUUUGUCUCAAAAUACUUCAUGUCAUGAUGCAGUAGUUGGAUGUAAACAUUAUCAACAUUUAUGUUCACAUUUUAUCUUAGGUAAAUUUGUAAGUGCUUUAUGUAAAUACACAUGUGAAAUGUGUGAAAAACCACAUCAUACAGUUUGUCAUGACACCUUUAAAGAUUGUGCUUUAUCUAAAAUUUUUGGAUAUUGUGAUAUUUUACCUGUACCGGAUGAUCAUCGUAGACAAUAUUGUAUGAAAACAUGUGGAUUAUGUCAAUAA